AUGUUGAAUAAUACACGCUUACUCAAUGCUUUACCGGAUGAAGAUAAACAUCUACGUAAUGCAAUAGUUGAAAUCGAAAAGUUUCUUGAAACACCAUCAUCUCCUAUAGAUUGUGAUAUUGUAACAAAUCAAAUAAGUCAAAUGACAAUGUCAUCAAAAGAUAAUGAUAUUAUUCAAGAGAAAGUUCAUCUAGAAAAAUCUGUCAAAGAUUCUACUAAAACAACAAUUAAUAAUAAUAAUUUUUCUGAUGAAUAUUUAGAAGCUCAACAAGCUGAACGUAAUAGUAAAAUAACAGUGACAAAAAUAAAACUUAUUUCAUUAGAUGAAGCUAUUCGAUUAUACAACGAAGAGAAGAAAAAAACAGAAGAUUAUUUAAUCGAGCAAACAAAAGCAAGACUUCUUGAAAAUAUGUCUCUUUCGAAAACUACAUUUGGUCUUCCAAGAACAAUAUGUAAAACUCAUCUUACGUAUCGUAAAACUACCAUUGAAAAUGAUAUUGACGAUGAUGAUCAUAUAGAUGAACUUGAUCAAGAAAAAGCAGAAAUAGUAUCAGAUCAUGAAAGUGAUGUAGUUGAUUAUCCAGAUGAUGGUGAUGAUUAA